CACUCAGUAUCACUUUCCUUUCUCUGUAAACACAGUCUCUGGCCUCUCCCAGCCAGACUCAUUAGACUAUAUAAAGGACCAUCAGCGCACUGCAACUGGAACUUUCCAUCACCGUACUAAACCUACAGACAUUCAGCGGCCAGUCUCUGGCCUCUCCCAGCCAGACUCAUUAGACUAUAUAAAGGACCAUCAGCGCACUGCAACUGGAACUUUCCAUUACCGUACUAAACCUACGGACAUUCAGCGGUCAGAUUAUCGUUUGCAAAUCCAUUGAGUCAAUCGAAAUGGAUUGGUUUACAGCAAUACAGUACGCUGGAGCAGCAGCCGUUGGCGCUGGUACGGCGAUUGUCGGGGCUCCACUGGUUGUUGGAGCUUUGGGUUUCACGGGCGCUGGCGUCGCAGCCGGAUCCGUCGCUUCCUGGGCGAUGUCAGCAGCGGCUGUAGCCAAUGGGGGCGGAGUGGCUGCGGGGACUGCGGUGGCCGUUCUACAGUCAGUUGGGGCGGCAGGUCUGUCCGGUGCAGCCACUACAGUGGUGGGUGCGGUUGGGGCUGCAGCUGGAGCUGUCGUUUCAAGCGUCUGCUAGCCCUCACUCAGCGAGGCCACGGCCCCUUCGCCUGCGAACAACCGUGGACAAUCGCAACGACAAUCAUGAAAUAAUGAAAAUGCAAUUGCGUGCUCUUAAACGACACACUUUGAAAGCUUGUAAAAUGACAAACCAUUUAAAAAAUUAAAUUCAAAACUCA